GACGCCUGGCUGGAAGCAGGCAGUCCUGCUUCCUGUGACCUUGGGUACUCUUAACAGGACAGGACCCCGGGGGACCCAGUGCACUACCUCCUUACCCACGCCUUUUCCCUUAAUCGCUCCUCCUCUGUCGCUUCUUCCCCGCCCUCUACUGCCCUAAACUGCUUCCUGGGCCGGAACUGUUUGGCUUUUUCCUGCCCCAGUUAGGGUUGGGGGUGGGGAGAGCGUCGCAGCCCUUGGCCUUCUGGGGCCAUGGAGCCCAGGGGACCGGUACCCGGGGUGCCUGGCUGCGGGCCUCGAGUGGCCACCGGGUCAGGGACGGCUGCGGAGCUCGUGUACCAUCUAGCGGGGGCCCUGGGCACGGAGCUGAAGGAGCUGGCGCGCCGCUUCGGGCCGGAGGCGGCGGCCAGGCUAGUGCCGCUCGUGGUUCGGGCGCUGGAGCUCCUGGAAAAGGCUGCGGUGGGGCCCGACCCCGACUCACUGCAGGUGUCAGCGCAGCAGGCCGAACUGGAGCUGCGGCGGCUGCGCGAGGAGAACGAGCACCUCCGCAGACAGCUGCGCUCUGGGCCACAGGAGGAGCGCGCUCUUCUGCGGCAGCUCAAGGAGGUGACCGACCGCCAGCGAGAUGAGCUCCGGGCGCACAACCGCGACCUGCUGCAGCGCAGCCAGGAGACCGAGGCGCUUCAGGAGCAGCUGCAGCGCCUCCUGCUGGUGAAUUCAGAGCUGAGGCACAAACUGGCCGCGGUGCAAACCCAGCUGCGUGCCGCGAGGGACCGCGAGAGUGAGCGGGAGCUACAGCGCCAAGGGGCAGUGGCACUGGCUCGAGAGCCGGCGCAGGACCGGGCCAAGGGGACCGGGUAUGAGCAGAGGCAGGAGCCGGAGCGGGCACCCGCUGACGCGGGAGCCCCAGGGAGCCCUGAGGACCUGGUCUCCCUGGCAGUCACUUGCCCUAGCACUCCUGUGAUGGCCUGGGGACAGGGGACACCGGCAGAGGCGCGCCCACCGACCAAGCCUGUCCUUCAGCCAGGGCGCCCCUCCAAGGUAGGACAGUGCAGCUUCAGUCGAGAGGAACUUGAGCAGAUCCUUCAGGAGAGGAAUGAACUCAAAGCCAAUGUGUUCCUGCUGAAGGAGGAGCUGGCCUACUUCCAGAGGGAGCUGCUCACAGACCACCGGGUGCCCGGGCUUCUGGUUGAAGCCAUGAAGGUGGCUGUCAAGAAGCAGCGGAAGAAGAUCAAGGCCAAGAUGUUAGGGAUUCCAGAGGAAGCAGAGAGCAGUGACGAUGAAGACAGCUCAUGGCUCCUACUCUCCAGUGAUAAGGAAGCCCACUCUCCACCCAUUGAGUCCCGAAUACAGAGUUUGUUUGGCCUGUCCUAUCGAGGUGAAACAGAGGCCCCUGAAGCCCAGACCAGCAGCAUGGCCCCCAGGAAGCUAGGGGGAGAAGAGGAGGCAGCCCCACAGUCCUCAGCUCCUGACCAGCCUUGCUCUGCACUCGAUGAACAUCUUUGUCUGGGGAGGCCUCGGCUGCCCCAGAGACCUGACUCUGGAAUCCGGCCAUGGGUAGAUGUGUGGCCUCCAGUAAGGGCAGGGCUCCCCCCUUUUCCAAUCCUGGCCUGAGCCAGGGCACGAUGAAGAGCUCAGCCUUCCUUCCUUCCCUGUAUCUCUGUGCCAAGCCUCCGGGGUCAGAUAAAAGCGCUUCCUCCCCGAGUCUCCAUUUUCCCAUUCAUGAAAUGGAGAGCUGACUACCUACCUCCCCAGGGUUUAUGCGAACGGCCUAAGCCAAUGUAAUAAAGCCGCUGCCCACGAUACCCAGAA